CACUGCAACCACACUAUUUAAUUUCUGUUGGCUGAUCAGCUUGGUCAAAUCUUAUAGCCUAGAUCAGACAGCAGGAAUUGAAGAGAGGAGUSACUUGCCCACAUGAUGCCGCCAUUUGAGAAACCACAGCAMCCCAAGUCCUUCAAGCAGAGAAAAAGCUUUGCCACGAGAAAACAGGAGGUCGCGGGGAUCCGAACGAAGUUUCCAACUAAAAUUCCUGUUAUAAUUGAAAGGUAUCAACGGGAGAAGUAYUUGCCGCCUCUUGAUAAAACGAAAUUCUUGGUCCCCCAAGAACUUUCCAUGACUCAGUUUGUCACCAUAAUAAGAAAUCGAAUGUCGCUGAUGCAGAGUCAAGCKUUCUACCUGCUCAUCAAUAAUAGUGGCCUGGCCAGCAUGUCUCUUACCAUGGCGCAAGUCUACAAGGACCACAAAGAUGACGAUGGAUUUCUCUACAUGACAUAUGCUUCUCAAGAAAUGUUUGGGAAUUGUGUUGAAAUCCAUGAAGAGUUGGUGCCAAUUGCUGGAAAUGUUUGAGAAGAUCUAAAUUACAGGAUUGGAUAAUGUGAGGCCUCAGCUUUUGGCAGGCCCAAUAACUGAACUUCGUGUAUAGAUAUGAAAUGCAAUUUAUAUAUGGAUAUUUAAUAUUACUAUGGAAAUGUUUUUGUAUUGUUUUUAAGGUAAUAAAUGUUUCAACCUUUAUUGAGGAUCAUGCUCUGAA